GAUGUUGAAGAAUCACAAAACCACACUGGCGAACCCGUUGGAGAUGACUACAAAAAGAUGGGAACACUUUUUGGUGAACUGAACAAAAACCUUAUCAACAUGGGCUUCACAAGGAUGUAUUUUGGAGAACGAAUUGUGGAACCAGUAAUAGUCAUUUUCUUUUGGCUUAUGCUGUGGUUCCUUGGCCUGCAGGCCCUUGGACUAGUUGCUGUUCUUUGCCUUGUCAUUAUUUAUGUGCAACAGUAACUGAAUGGAUUUAUUUGACAUUUGGUAGCCAUAAAUGUAAUUAGAGAAGUUAUUAUUUCACUUUUUGACAACCAAAAAAGUUUGCCUAGUUUCAAGUUGUGUGAUGACUGUUUUGUAAUUAAAUUUAUAUACAAGCAUGUUGUUUAAACUAAACUCUUGAUAACAGGGUUGCAUAUAUAUUUUUAAUAUACAUUAGCUUAUUCAAAGCUCUUGUUUCACUAAUGUGAUCUCUGUCCCCUUUAGAUACCUCUAUCCCCAUGCCAAAUCUUCACCACCACCACCAAAAAAGGGAGCAGGGGAAAUAGCAGGAUAUAGAAUUCAAAUCAAGCAAUGUAGCUCUCAUAAAGAGUUACAA